GCUAGAGCGCCUCUGUCCACCACUGGGCCGCUCUAUCCCGAAGUUCCUCACUGAGCUUGAGAGUAAGCGGCGCAUCUCUAUGGUUAUAUGACCGGGCGCGCAGUAUUGUGGGAGACUGGCGGACUUAGUGGUGUCAAAGCAAACAUGGCGGCGGUCGUGUUCUCCUUGAGACGUAGCGGGCCGGUGCUCAGGUUGUCGGGAGCCCUGCAGGUUUCUCGUGGGGCACAGACAGCUGCCGCUCCAGCAUCUCAAGCAGCCGCUCGCAUCAAGAAAUUUGCCAUUUACAGAUGGGACCCAGACAAGCCCGGUGACAAACCCCGUAUGCAGACGUAUGAGAUUGACUUGAAUACGUGUGGCCCCAUGGUGUUGGACGCUCUGAUUAAGAUAAAGAACGAGAUGGACCCCACACUGACCUUCCGCAGAUCUUGCAGAGAGGGUAUAUGUGGCUCCUGCGCCAUGAACAUUAACGGGGGCAACACCCUGGCCUGCACUGUGAGAAUAGACACCAACCUGAGCAAAGUCUCCAAAAUCUACCCCCUCCCUCACAUGUAUGUUGUAAAGGAUCUUGUGCCUGACCUGAGUAACUUCUAUGCGCAGUACAAGUCUAUAGAGCCGUACCUGAAGAAGAAGGAUGAGUCUCAGCAGGGGAAGGAGCAGUACUUACAGUCCAUAGAGGACCGGGAUAAACUGGACGGGCUGUACGAGUGCAUUCUGUGUGCCUGUUGCAGUACCAGCUGCCCCAGCUACUGGUGGAACGCUGAUAAAUAUUUGGGCCCUGCGGUGCUUAUGCAGGCCUACAGAUGGAUGAUUGACUCCAGAGAUGAUUUCACAGAGGAGCGACUCUCCAAACUACAGGACCCCUUCUCCCUGUACCGCUGCCACACCAUCAUGAACUGCACCCGCACCUGCCCCAAGGGCCUGAACCCGGGCAAAGCCAUCGCCGAGAUAAAGAAGAUGAUGGCGACGUACAAGGAGAGAGCGGCGUCUGCGUAACAUUCAGUCUCCUGUGUGAUUCGCUUCUACUCACAUCCGUCCUGCAGCAACAUGGCAGCUCCUCCUGCACUUUCUUUUACCCGCAUCCUGCCCAUUGGCUGCCAGUGAUCAGAGGGAAUGAGUGCCACCUUGUGCCCCCUGUCAUGUACAUUAAAUAGUUAAUUCUGGUA